GCCCAUGCGCUAACUUACGCCAUUUUGAAAUUCGAAGGCAGCCUUAAAGAGGUACGCCUCAUCUCUGCAACAUAUUUAACAUACAACGUUACGUUGACUGUAUUGUAGUGUAGUCUCAGAGUUUUAAGUAUUUGUUGUAUAUCGUCUGCUAUGGCAAACCGAAACCUUAAACAGGUAAACAUUCAAAACAGUGCUUCCCCAAAACCCCCAAAUCAGAAGCGCAACACCGAUUCUCCAGCAAUGGACCGAAGGCCAAACAUGGAGGAAGGAACACAACCCCAUUCUGUGGUUAGUCCAGGAACUGAAAAUGAUGGAGGCGAAUCGAUGGAGAUGACGCUGGAUUUGAAAAGCUUUCGGAGGACUGGAGAAAAAACGUUCACACAGAGAUGCCGGUUGUUCGUUGGUAACCUACCAUCCGACAUAAAUGAAGAUGACUUCAAAAAACUAUUUGCGAAAUAUGGCGAGGCCAACGAAGUAUUCAUCAACCGAGACCGAGGUUUUGGCUUUAUUCGGCUGGAAACAAGGACUCUUGCAGAAAUCGCCAAGGCAGAGUUGGACGGUACUGUGAUGAAGAAUCGGCCCAUUCGCAUCCGCUUUGCAACUCAUGGUGCUGCUCUGACCGUCCGCAACCUCUCUCCUGUGGUGUCCAACGAGUUGCUGGAGCAGGCCUUCGCCGAGUUUGGCCCAGUAGAGAGGGCCAUUGUGCAGGUAGAUGAUCGUGGCCGACCGACGGGGAAGGGUUUUGUUGAGUUUGCCAACAAGCCUGCUGCAAGAAAGGCGCUGGACCGCUGCAAUGACGGAGCACUGCUUCUUACCACGUCACCUCGCCCAGUAGUUGUGGAGUUGACAGAACAGUUUGAUGAAGAAGAUGGCCUUCCUGAGAAGUUGUUGCAGAAGUCAGCCCAGUAUCAUAAGGAGAGAGAGCAGCCUCCGCGUUUUGCUCAGCCCGGCACCUUUGAGUUUGAGUACUCGUCGCGCUGGAAGGCCCUGGACGAGAUGGAGAAGCAGCAGCGGGACCAGGUGGACAGGAACAUCCGCGAGGCCCGCGAGAAACUGGAGGCUGAGAUGGAGGCAGCCAAGCACGAGCAUCAGCUUAUGAUGAUGAGACAAGAUCUCAUGAGGCGACAGGAAGAACUCCGUCGUUUGGAGGAACUAAGGAACCAGGAGCUGCAGAAGCGCAAACAAAUUGAAAUGAGACAUGAGGAGGAGAGAUGCAGACGAGAGGCGGAGAUGAUGCGACACCGUGACCAUGACGACAUGCGGCGGCAGCAGCAGCAGCAGCAGCAGCAAGAUGGCUUCAAGCCCAACUUCAUGGACAGCAGGGAACAGGAAAUGAGAAUGAGUGAAAUGGGCCCUCGUGGAGGAAUUAAUAUGGGAGAUGCUUAUAACUCUGGUGCAGCAGCUGGUGGUAACCAGGCUCCCUCUCAAAUGCUGGGUAUGGGGAUGCCAGGCCGGGGUGGAGCCAUUGGCCCUGAGGGGACACCAUUGAUGCCAGAUAAUGGAGUGAUGCGCAAUGAGAGAUACCCCCAGGGUGGGCCUCCUCAGAUGGUGCCCCCCAUGGGUGGGCGACCAGGGGUCGAAUCCCCCCAGCAGCAGCAGCAGCAGCAGCAAGCAGUGGUUGGAGGGGCUGGGGCAAUAGGUGGAGUUGGAGUUGGGGUCGGGGUCGGGGUUGGGGGACCAGGUGCUUUUGGCAGAGGAAGCCCAGUUGGAGGCAACUUUGACGGCCCCAACAACAAGCGCCGUAGAUUUUAAAUUUUAUAGUUACUGCCCACAAUUUGUUUCCCUUUUUAUUUUUUAAAUUCUUGUAUAUACCCAUGAUUAGUCAUGUCAGAGGGGGGGGAAUGGGGUCAUACUCAACUGUGGUUGUGCUGUCCUGCUGCAGUAUUUCAAGCCUAGUCCAUGUGGAACGGUUUUUGUUUGCUUCUUUAUGUGCAUCAGGAAGUUUAGCCAUGAGCAUGAGCACCGUGAGCCACCCUAGCAACCCUAUGUCCUUUUGAAGUGCUCUGGAGCCACCAGCGACAUCUGUGAACACGUUUUACUAUUGAUGAAGCCCGCUUUUAUAGACUGUGAUGUACAGUAUUCUUGGUUUUCCUCCAUACUGUGAUGUUUUUUGUUGUUACAUUAGGCUUACUGUGUUGCUAGACUUGCAUGCUUGAUUACAGUUGAAAUGAAAUGCAUCUUGUUCAGUUCGGUAGUAUGUUCAAUAAACCCAUUUUCAAAUGUG